UUUAGAGGAUAUUUUUUGGAGUGUUUAGUAAAUUACUAGUUCUUUUAACAAAUUCUUAUGAUAUAUCAAAAUUGUACAGUUGGACAGAGAAGAAAAAAGAACCGGUUAAGCCGUAUGUUGAACAAGAAAAGGUGGUUGUUCAUAUUCCUAGGAAAAUUUCAACUGUUAAGGAGAUAAAGAAUUUGCCAGCUAAUCACGGAGAGGGUAACGUCUUCUGUGAAGUCACCGUGAAGAGGAUUAGUGACCCAAAGAAUUGGUUCUUCAGGAAGUGUUCAGGUUGCAAUUUAGAGUUGGAGCAUGAGGGUGGGAAAUUUAAAUGUUCGCGUGCCAAUGGAUGUGGUAGAAUUAUCCCUUAUCCAGAAAAGAGGUGUCGGAUUUUUAAUUUUUUCACUCUACAUCAUUAUCAAUUUUUCAUUUUUAAAUUCCUGUCAUUGAUAAGUGUACAAAUAUUUGUUGGAACAGGUUCCGAUUAUGCACUUUAUGCUCAGAUGAAAGAGGUUCAAUUGCAAUUAUCUUCCCAGACCAUGAGAUCACAAAAAUCAUUGACAAAACUGUAAUUGAUUUGCAUGCUGACUGCGCUGAUGAAGCCGAGGAGGACAAAUUCCCAGAAAUUCUGGACACUUUCCUAAAGAAAAAACGAUCAACCUCUGCAUCAACCAGGAUAAUCUACAGAAGGGCUCGACUGUUUAUGAUGCACAGGAAAUUUUUCUUGGAUAGGAAGAAGGGGAUAACUUUGAUCCAGCUGGUGCAACAGUGUUGGAAGUUGCAGACUGCUCCAUAGUCAAUGACAAUUCGACUGAUGGCAAUGGAAAUCAGACUCCACAGACCGGCAACUCAACAAACAUGAAAACCAAAGCGCGAAAAGGAAUUGAACCAGUUGCUUUCAGUACAGCAGACAAUUCAAUGCCUCCACCGUUGAAGAAUAUCAAAGUUGAGAAGAUUGGAAAAUGAUCAAUUUCGUGAAAAUUGAAGUUCACGAAAGCACUGUUUCGUGGCUAACAUCUUUUGUUAAGAAUUUAUUCAGUUCCUGUAUGAGGACGAACUUAAUUCGACAAUAUUUGUGGUGUACACGUAUUAAGAUGUCUAACAUUAUGCUACUUUUCUCUAUUUUGUGAACAACUGCAUGGUUAUUGUUUGGACAAUUUACUUCAUUUGUUUUUAUUAUUUCUAUUCUAUCAAAUAAAUGCAUGUUCUGUUAGGUAGACAUCUUUACUGCAGGGAGAUAAAAAAAACAGAACUAUAUAACCACCCAUGAGGUCAUUAUCUUAGUAAACCAGAGAACACAAUAUGGCAAGCAGUCAAUACACUACCAUUGAUAACUUGAAAACUGGCGUUGAUACCUACAGAAUCAAGGCCAGAGUGAUAAGUUUAUGGAGAGGUUCAACCAAAGAAGGAGAGGAGUUCAAAAGUUUCAACAUUGUUCUCAUCGACCAAAAGGGCCAAAGGAUUCAUGCUUUUGUUCCAACAAAAUGUGCUGAGGAAUUUCAAUAUCAGCUUUAUUUGGGAAAACUGUUUAGUAUUAAGAACUUUGAUGUUCAGCAUUACAAGCAGACUGAUAAGUUCAGGUUCUUGAGGAAAGAUACACAGUUGGUGUUCAGUAAGGAGAUGGAAAUACAAGAACUACCAGACGAUGGUGUUACAAUACCAGCGGAUGGUUUUGAUUUCUAUGAUCUGAGCCAGAUGGAGGAACUCACUAAACAAACAACCUACCUUUCAGAUGUGGUGGGGAUCAUUAAGGACUAUGACAAUAUAAGAGAUUUAGGGAACAAGCAUGGAAAAGAUCAGAGACAGGCCAAAUUCAUCAUCACAGAUGGCAGUUCACAAGUUAACGUAACCUUCUGGGAUAAGUUUGGUGAAAACUUUGAUAAGCAGAUGAAAACUCCUUUGGAUCAGCCGGUUAUCAUAAUAAUAUCCGGAUGCAAAGUUGGAAAGUGGAAUGGUCAGAUUGAUAUAUCAAACAACAACGCAACGAGAAUCUAUCUGAACUACAAACAUCACAGUGUGACACAGCUUAGGAAACUUUUAAAGAACCCUGACUUUGCGAAAAGAUUGUUGGGAAAGGCAAAAGCGAAGCCGAUGCUCAUGGCAACUGUUGAAGCACUUGGCAAUAUGGGAAAAGAAGCUGUUGAGGAUUUAUUCAUGGCUCAUGUCAGAAUUGUUAAAAUAGAUGAAAAUCUUAAAUGGUUUUACAAUGCUUGCACCAGUUGUGACAAAGAGAUGAAAAUUGAACAAUUAGGUCCAAUCUGUGAAAGUUGUAACAGAAUUGUUCCAUAUCCACAGAAAAAGUUAGUACAAUUAUUUCAUGUCUAAAUUAUUUUUCAUACCAAGAGUUAUGUAAUAGUGUUAUAUGUAUUGACUAUAGGUUCAAAUUUUGGGUUGUUGCUGAGGAUAAUUCUGGCCAGAUGCAAGUUAUCUUGGGAGACAGAGAAGUCCGA